CUCUCGUAUCCCUCCACAAGCAGUCAGCAGCAAUCUACUCGCGCUGUGCCUUUCCAACAACCCACGUGUCUUUUGACAUUCUCAUAUACUCCCCAACGCAUCAUGGAAUUCGGCGACUCAGCUCUUCGGUACUACAUCGACCCCCCACCAGGCGCAGACCUCCGAUAUGGCUAUGAACGAUGGGUCAAGCGACCAGAAGAGAGGGCGAGACUCGAUACCCUUCUGAAGGCGAUCGAGCGCGUCCUACAAAAUUCGGACACAAAUAUGGGCCCGGGGAGCGGGAAGAAAUGGCUGCGGGAUAUAGCGUUGGUAACUUGGAGAGGCGUUAUGACCAAAAUUUUGACGGCACCGUAUGAAGAACGAGACUCCUGCGUGCUCAACGCUAUGCUUGUCGACGGAACUCUCUACCUUGAGGAGCACUUGACAGACGCCAGGCUUGCUGAAAAAGAGGACCUUCCAACAAGACAACGCCAGCAGACGUACUACGGGUACGCGUUCGAGUCUUGGUGCACGUCUUCCCGCCCUGGGGUCCCCGAGCGAAUACACGGUCAUCCCACAGGCUGGGGCGGGGAUGUUGACACCAACGUCCAGUGGUGUAGCGUCGUCAAGACCAAGUUGGGCGACAGUCGUCUGGUCAUCGGCGGCGAAGUUGACUGCGUACGAGAGCACUUCAACGGCCAGCCUGAUAACUUCGUUGAGCUGAAGACCUCCAUGUCUAUACGGAAUGCACAGGAUGAGGCCCGCUUCGAGAAGAAACUACUGAAGUUUUACGUGCAAUCCUUCCUGCUCGGUGUUCCCGAGAUCGUCGUGGGCUUUCGAACGCCAGCAGGUCGCAUAACGACCACGCAGUCAUUCAAAACCAUUCAGAUGCCGCGUCUCGUGCGCGGCAAGCCUCACGCAUGGGAUCCGCAGAUAUGUCUCCGUUGGGGACAAGAGUUCCUCGCUUCACUCAAGGCACGGUUAUCGGAACAAGCGUCUUCUGCCCAGACAGGGCCCUCCCCUACGUAUUCAUCACGUGUGUGGCGAGUCACCCUGACGCCUGGGCUUGGCGUCAGUGUAUAUCCCUUGGAUGAGGAGGGUGUCAAGGAGGUGCAGGGCGGUGAGGACCGAGUCGGGUUCUUGCCGUCAUGGUACUUCGAGCAGGUAGCGGAACCCGCCGAGGACAGGUCCGUGCCUGGCCAAGGGACAUCUGGAUCUUGCGAUGGCACGACUGACCCUACGUAGUGAUAACGCGGCCAGAGUCAGUAGAGUAAGAUUCGUGAGUACAUUUAGG